AUGACCAACAAGCCUUGGGUAUCGUCAGGUACAGCAUUCAACCACAGACCGACAGAAGGGCCAGAACGCGUGGUAUCUUCGCUGACGUCGUCGUCGUCCUUCGUCCUUGUUGUGAGGCAUGUGUUUUCCUUUUCCUGCCUUGGCGUCCGUGCUGAGCGCUGCUUUAAGCCUUUAACCGCCAGCCUUCCGCCAACCGCGUCCCCUGGCAAAAGCAGCACCGAAGGAGGGGGAGGGGGAGACAGCGAAAGGCAGAAAGAAGCACGGCGAUGCUGUUGGCAGGCACAUUGCACUGGCAAUGUGAAGAUCGUCUAUUCGAAGGCGAAGUCUGCGAGUUUAACGGGGUUUAAAGGCCAUCGUACCUGUCUGUCCACUGCGGGCCGGGCAGCAAAGGCUUUGAUGCCCAUCGCGUUCAACGCCCCAAUGUGUGACGGCUGCCCCUCCUUUGUCGAGGCGUAA